CUGGUUCAAUAGUUAAAAAAAAAAAGCAAAAGAAAGAAAGAGGAAAGAUUGAAGAGAGGAAAGACGGGUGUGCCAUUGUGGAUGUUGGGGUUGGGUGUGGACCGGCUUCAAGCCGACAUCAACCGGCUCCUAGCCUCCCUAUUCCACCAGGGAGUGCUUGACGAGCAUUUCUUGCAACUUCAGCAGCUUCAAGAUGAGACUUCACCAAACUUUGUGUAUGAUGUCAUUAAUAUCUACUUUGAUGAAUCCGAGAAGCUACUCCGCAACCUCAGAUUAUUGCUGGUGGAUAGAGAAUUCUCGGACUACAAGAAAAUAGGAUUGCACCUGAAUCAGCUGGUGGGAAGCAGUUCCAGCAUUGGUGCUCGUAGGGUUCGUAACGUAUGUGUUGCCUUCCGCUCUGCCUCCGAGCUUAGCAACCGCCCAGGGUGCAUGAGAGGACUUGAAGUAGUAGAGCAUGAGUAUCAUUACCUCAAGAACAUGAUGCAUGAACUCUUCCAGCUGGAGCAGCAGAGGCUAUUAGCUGCUGGAGUCAGAUAUCCGGUUUAGAAUGAUCAUAAUGUUAUUUUUUUUGGGUCAUAAAAUUCUCGAUAAUUAGAAAGCUAAUAAGUGCGUGAUGAUGAUAGUGUGUUGUGUUGUAAGCUAACGAAUCCAACCAAAACCCUUUUCUUCUAAUGCUUUUUGUUUUACUCUCUUCAUAAAUUUAAAUUUUAUAAAUCCCUUUGUAUUUUCCAGAUCCUCCUACUACAUAUG